AACAUGCGCUUGAGUCCAUCCACAUGAGCUGAAGAGCCGCUCCGUAGACCGCAUCUACACGUACAUGCGGCGGUUUAUCAAGCAAACUAGCCGGGCACACGUGCUGAACUGUUUUCUGCUUCUUCCUAAAUAUAAAACUACAGCUUUGCUGAAGGAGCGGUCAGUGUUGAAUCAUCCAAGGCCGCACUCUUUGUUGAAGCCGAACCCCAUACCUCAUGAGUUUUGUGGAAUACUCCGAGUUCAUCCAGGAAGGGGAUGUUGUCAUUAUCUUCCUGGGUCAUGAGUCCAUGAUGCCUAUCAAAGUUCAGUCGGGAGCUCAGACGCAGACCCGCUAUGGGGUCAUCCGACACUCCAGCGACCUGAUUGGACAGCGGUUUGGUUCCAAAGUGACCUGCAGUAAGGGUGGCUGGGUUUACGUGUUGCACCCCACACCAGAGCUGUGGACCGUUAACCUUCCCCACCGAACACAGAUCCUCUACACCACAGACAUCGCCAACAUCACACUGAUGCUGGAGCUCAAACCAGGCUCUGUCGUCUGCGAGUCAGGUACAGGCAGUGGCUCUCUGUCUCAUGCUAUUCUGCGGACCAUUGCUCCCACCGGCCACCUGCACACGGUAGAGUUCCACGCUCAGCGAGCCGAGAAAGCCAUUGAGGAGUUCAAGGAGCACAAGGUGUCUCACUUGGUGACUGUUAGAAACCAGGAUGUGUGUAAGGAUGGCUUUGGCAUCACAGGAGUAGCUGAUGCGGUGUUUUUAGACAUCCCCUCUCCUUGGGAGGCAAUCACACAUGCCAAGAGCGCCAUGAAACGCAAAGGAGGUCGUCUCUGUUCCUUCUCGCCAUGUAUAGAGCAGGUCCAGAGGACUUGUGAGGCAUUAUUGGACCAUGGCUUUGAGGAGAUCUGCACGCUAGAGGUUCUGCUCCGGGUGCAUGAUGUUCGUACUGUCACUCUGCCCUUACCGGACUUCGGACCAGAGGAGGGCUCUGCAGACAGCACCCAGAUGGCUUCAGAUCUCAGUCAAGAAGAAAUCCCAAACACAGGGAACACCUCUGUGAUCUGCAAGACUGCCACACCUCCCAGAGAAAUGGCAGGACACACAGGAUACCUCACUUUUGCUACCAAACCACGUGACUAGAAGCAUAACUAAAGCUGAUGGAGACUGUUUUAGAGUUGUGUGAUGCAGACUCAUUAAAUGUCUUGAAUGCAAGAACGUCACCCCUUUUUUUUCCUUUUUCUUUUUUUAGCUUUAUUUAGGUAUAAAAGAUUGGUAAACAGUUGGAUAGGCUUCUACAUCUGUGUAACAGUUCAUGCCAUUUAAAAACUCUAGUUUAAUACAGGUUGAUGCUACUUUUUAUUUGUUUAUUUGUUUUUUUUAAAAAUGAAUGUUUUACUACAAUAAAUUCUAUUGCUAUGCAACAAAAACAUAUUCAUAGUUUCUUUCACUUUUGCUAUUGAGGUCAUGGCAAGUUUGUAUGACUGACAGCUGCUAAAUGCAACUAUUGCACAGACAUUUGAUCUCUCCGGGAACACAGUUACUUGGAAAUGUAUGCUCUUCAUGACGUGUCUGUCAUGAUAAAACUUUGUUGACAUUAUGUAAAGGUUUGUUCAUGAGGUUUUCAUUUAUGUGAUAACAGCAGUUUCUCACCACUGGUGCUCUCAAUUCAAGGCUGUUACGGCCUGUUCUGUAUCUGUUGCGUAUGUUACUUUCUUGCAUGUGGAAUGAAAGAUACUGAAGAGCUAGAUGUGCCAACAUCUGGUAAAUGUCAUAUCUGAAACUAUCUGCUGAGAGCUCUUCUAUUCAUGUGUCCAUAAAAGGCCUUCCUUCUGCAAUCUGAUUCCUUCACGGA